UCAACUGCAUAGCAACAUAUUGCAACUUACAACUGUCAUACACCUCCAUCGACGUAGCACCUAUAAUGCAUCGUGCUUUGUCUGUCUCAGAAAUCCUUGUGGAGAUAUUCAUCAAUUUGGAUCAGCUCCCGAGCUCUUCAGGAGUAGGCUGGACUCAUUCACUGACACAAAAAUCCCUUGCGUCGCUCGCCCGGACAUGCACAACCUUCCACGAGCUUGCGAUGGAUUUGCUUUGGGCUACCAUGCCUGGUUUAAGACCACUGUUUGGCUGUGUGACAAGGCUACAUCCAGUGAUAUAUGAUCCCACUACCAAGUAUUCCUGGUCCCAGGACGUUGACCCAUUAGCUGAGCAUGAGUUCCAUGAAUUUUUGCGUCAUUCCGCCCGCGUGCGCAUUAUAACCAUAUCAGCCAACACUUAUUUCCACCUGCUUACCGCUCUCCCCAUCGAGCCAUGCGUGUUCCCAGGACUGCUGUCGUUAUUCUGGACGGUUCAACGCACGAAUACAGGAGACUUCCGCUUUUUCCUGUCCCCAACGCUGCGUCGUUGCUAUGUAUCGGAACUCCAUCCAGAUUUGAGAUGUAUUGGGACACGCUGUGCUGCUCUGGAGCAGUUUACCGUCCAGGAGGAUAGUAACAUGACGCAGCUGUGGGAAACUGUUCGUUCAUGCACGAGGCUCAGACGUUUGCAAUGUUCGGCGCCGCUCGACUCGGCAGCAUGGAUGCACCUCUCCACCAUCCCCACCCUUCUCGAGGUGAAGAUUCUCACAUCGCAGCGCAUUAUUCAUUACCCCUUGAACCAUCUCAAUUUUGCAACUUUCCUCAACCUCACGACUCUUGCCUUCCGUGGAAUAGAAGUGGAAGCCGUUGUCACAAUCAUACAACAUUUCAAAUUCCCCUCGCUAAAGGAAUUCGAGAUGCAUAUCCGUGUUUUACUUUGGGCAGAGGCUGAGCAGCUUUUUCGUGCAUUGUCACAGUGCAAAGCGUCCCAGACCCUGGAACACAUCAACAUUUCUUCCCACGAUAGAAUUCAGGAGCACACAAGCGACUCUUUGACGGCAGUUAGACAGUUUCUUUGCUUUAGGCAACUGCGAACGCUGAGGUAUCUGCCCAUCACUCCAUAUUCCUCGACAACGACCUUCUUUUCGAGGGCCAUGACAAGUUGGCCGCACAUUCGCUCCCUAUCAUUGGUGGACUGGCAUCUUUGUCCACCUACCGUUACAUUCCGCGGGUUGUUCGCAGCGCUUCGUUUAUGUCCGCGCUUGGAAGACCUGCAAGUAUCGAUCGACGCUCGGAAUAUUGACAUCGAGCCUGAAGCCGAGUCGUUUCAACAUACCUCUUUGAAAAAUUUGACCGUGGGCUCGUAUGAGCCCCAGGACGUGAAUGUUAAAGCCAUUGCUCGCAUCAUUUUCUCCAUGCUUCCUGCUGUCGACCGAGUUAUAUGUGCAAGCCGCAAUGUCCCGCGAGUGUGGAAGGACGUUAACAGGCAUCUCGAACUCCUUAGAAACAGACCGUCUUCGGCGCCUAGCCGCUAUCUCACAGGAGCAGCACUAGACAUGAUUUAGGUACGCUCAUGUUCAGGAAUUGUCAGCGUCAGAUAUUUCCAUGGUCAGAAUGAGGAAGUCAAGAACAAGGGGCUUGGAAUGAAAUAUAUCAACAUUUGUA